GUCAUUUUGCGCAUGUGUCUCCAGUCUGUUGUUUAAAUUUCUUACGGACCGCUUAAACCCCGGGGGUGGGGACAAAGUGUAAUAUUUUCAGGAUAAAAUCGUCAGACUGAUGAUUGCAUACUCCACAUGUGUACCUGGUGACCCCUUGCGCAUCAGGUGGAUCCCGGAUGCAUUUCCGUUGAACAUUGAAGCCGUUUACCUGUGGCAUCCAGAGUUUAACAUAUCACUGCAACUGAAACUCUGAAAGUGUUCUGCACAUGACGACACCAAACCAACCUCACCUUCCUGUAAUGCUGGAGUGUAAGACUCAAAAACUAACACUGUGAUACUGCAAAUGUUACCAUGUAAAAGUUUUCAAACUAGACUGUUCUGUUGAAGAUAAUACUAGUGCGAUACUUUGUAGAUUUUCUACAAAUGAAGUAACACACAGUACCUCGAUAUAAGCCUUCUUACCCAGUUACACACAAAUACACUCAUGCUGACCACCAUGACGUACCGCAUGCCAAACUUCACUCUGGAGCAGAAGCUUUUCCUGCUUCGGAGAAUCCAUGCGGUGGUGGACACAGUCCAGGACUUUCGGAAAGACACCAACACUACUGUGCACCGGAACGCUGUAUGGGCAGAGCUGGUUCAGGCCUUCAAUGCGGCGUUCCCUAGUCGACCCCCCAGCAGCAUCGGCUCUCUGAAGACACUGUGGAAACGGCUGAAGGUGGAAUGUCGUGUUGGGCUGCAGAAGCGACAGGAACAGCAGGCAGCCGGGCUUCCUGUGUCUGCCCUCACUCAGGUGCAGAGAGAAGUGAUUGCCCUGGUACCGAACCUCAUCUCCUGUCUGGAGGAGGUAGACGGAGAUGGCAGCUAUGCCUCGGUUAGGGGUAGCUCACCUGGAGCAGUGAUGGGGCUUUCAGGCACUAAUGGGAGUGAGCAUGAAGAUGCUGACCACAGUCAAAAUGAUGAAGUAGACAGCAAGGAGAACUUAGCCACUGAACUUGGAUUGGUCUCACCAACUCACCCACCUGUUAACUCUGGGAUUCCUCCUGGCACUGCCUCCUCUCCUCUCCACUCACAUUCACUCUCUUCCAGGUCCAGCCGUCCCUCCCUCAUCUACUCAACCCAUGCAGGACUGGGAUCAGGGACUAGGGGUUCAAACUUUGAUACCCCACACAGAGAGUCUGUGGUGCCACGUGCUCCUGCCGGAGGAGCAGUUGAGAAUUCAUUACCGCCAAUGGACUCUUAUACCUCAAACUCGAAAUGGGAGGCACGUCGACAGGAACUAUUUGAGCUGGAGCAUCAACAGACGAUGAGUCUGUUACUGCUGCAGCAGUGUGUGUGGGAGGAGAAGAGGAAAGCAGUGAGACAAAAAGAGAAGGCGGCGCGGGCCAAGAAGAGAUAUUAUCAAGCCAAACUACGGAAGAUCGGCGCAGAUCCUCCACCUUCCAGUAGUGACAGCGAGGAUAACGAAUAUCUACAGACUUGAACUCAGAUGUUUAUGGCAUCUUAGCUAUGUUUGCUUUCUUUUUGAAAGUCAUUUUUUAUUCUCUGUUUAUUUACAAAACAAUAUAUUUUUUAUUGUGGACUAAACUUAAUUGGUGUUUAGGAAUGUACCAUGUGUAUCAUAUGGAGGGGGGAAUUCACUCGAGCAGGCUUUGUUCCAAUAGCUAAUACAAAUCUGAUUUCCUUUCAUAUUCUCUCUCAUCAACACUGAUGCUGCAUUCCAUUCAGUCAAAAGUGGGAUAGUUAAAGGGAUAAUUCACCUGAAAAUUGAAAUUUAUA